GGCUUUUUUUUUGUGUUCUCAGUUUCUCAAAUGUCAAGAACUUGAGAAUAGAGAAAUUCUCCUUUGUACCACGCGUUCCGUAUUGUGUACUUUGUAGUGAAGUUAUUAAUUGUGAGCGUUUAUAGAAAACGAAGACAAUUUUGAAAGUUGAAAAUGGCAGAAACAAUGCGACAAACCGUUGCUACGAUAUUGAAAAGUAUUGAAAGGUAUAACCCAGCUAAUCUUCAGACACUAGAACGUUACGUGGAAAUGCAAUCGAAGGAAAACACCUAUGACUUGGAAGCUAAUUUAGCCGUCCUGAAACUGUAUCAAUUCAAUCCCGAAAAGUUCAAUCCUGAUAUCACGUGUCAAAUAUUACUGAAAGCCCUCACGAAUUUUCCCCAUACUGAUUUUACUCUGUGCAAAUGUUUACUUCUGGAAUCUGUUGUUGAAAAUGAGACUAUAUCACAGAUCAAAUAUUUGGCCGAUAUCUUAGAGCAAUGUGACUUUGCACAAUUUUGGAAUAGAGUACAUCAGAUGCCUGAACUCUGUAAUCGCAUCAAUGGCUUCCAUGACUCUAUUCGCAAAUUUGUCUGUCAUGUUGUAGGCAUUACCUUCCAGACUAUUGAUAAAAACAAUCUGGCCAAUCUUCUCGGAGGAAUUGAUGAUAUAACAUUAAAACAUUGGGUUAAAAAAUAUGGUUGGCGUGAUGAAGGUGAUCUUAUCUUCAUAGCUAAUCAAGAUGAAAAUAUUAAGACGAAGAAUAUUACUGAAAAAAUUGAAUUUGAGCAUUUAGCUCCACUGAUGGCUAUUUUGUAAAAAAAUUUAAUUUAUGUACAACAAUAAAUUAAUUUGAGAUUUA